ACCCCCUCCACCACCGUAACUCUCCUCUCACCCACCCAAUAUCUGCUGCUUCUACACCGCCUCCUAACUCAUUAACUUUCCACUCAUCUUCCACUUCCUCCUUCUCCUACCCUCCUACUCCUUUACCUCUUGCACCUCCACCUCCUCCUUCUCCCUCUCCUCCUCAAACCUGCUCCAUCAAAUCCACCUCUCACCGCCACCCCUCCUCUCCCUGCUCACACGCUUCUCUCUCUCUGCCCAGCAUGGCUCCUCUCGACAAGUUGCUGGCGACAGUCGCGAGACGCCUGGGUCACGUGUUGCCCGGAGCGAGGCGAGAAUACACGCGCGUGGGCAGCGAAGACGCGGUGGAGCUUGGGAACGUGAAUCGCGACGAGGAGAAGGAGGAGGAGGAGAAAAAGAGGAAGCGCAAGGGCAGCCUCUCCACGCAGGAGGCCAGCGGGCUGGACGUGCCCGAGGUGACACGGGCGCUAAAGACGGACACCGACGCGGGUCUGGACGCCGGCGAGGUCCUGCUUCGACGGGAGGUGCACGGGGCCAACGAGUUCGAGCUGGGAGAGCAUGAGCCCGUGUGGAAGAAGUACCUGUCCCAGUUCAAGAACCCCAUGAUCCUGCUGCUGCUGGCGUCCGCGGCCGUCAGCGUCAUCACGAAGCAAGUGGAUGACGCCAUCAGCAUCACCCUGGCCAUUGUCAUCGUGGUGACGGUGGCCUUUGUACAGGAGUACCGCUCAGAAAAAUCUCUAGAAGAACUCAACAAACUGGUUCCCCCGGAAUGCAACUGUGUCCGAGGAGGAACAACGGAGCGUCUCCUGGCGAGGGAGCUCGUCCCGGGGGACCUUGUGUGCCUCGCGCUCGGAGACCGAGUGCCGGCCGACCUGAGACUCACCGAGGCUGUGGAGCUCACGCUGGACGAGUCGAGCUUCACGGGCGAGACCCAGCCGAAUGCCAAGACGGUGGACGCGGCUCACCCCGGCCUCGACGGCAGCUGCGGCGGAGGCGGUGGCAGUAACAGCAGCCCCGUCAACAUCGUGUUCAUGGGGACCCUGGUCCGAAGCGGUCGCGGCAAGGGUAUCGUCGUCAACACCGGCGAGAACUCUCAGUUCGGCGAGGUGUUCCGCAUGAUGCAGAAGGAGGAGGCACCAAAGACACCCCUGCAGAAAAACAUGGAUCACUUGAGCAAGCAGCUGUCGCUGUACUCCUUCGGGAUCAUCGGGCUGAUUGCACUGGCCGGUUGGCUCCAGGGGAAGUCUCUCCUCAAUAUGUUUACCAUCGGUGUCAGCCUGGCGGUGGCAGCCAUCCCGGAGGGGCUACCCAUCGUGGUGACGGUGACGCUGGCGCUGGGCGUGAUGAGAAUGGCCGCCAAGAACGCGGUGGUGAGGAGACUGCCCACGGUGGAGACACUUGGUUGCUGUGACGUCAUCUGCUCCGACAAAACGGGAACACUCACAUCGAACGAGAUGACCGUCACCCGAGUGUUCACGUCAGAGGGGCUGCUGGCUGAGGUGAGCGGCGUGGGCUACUUCACCCAGGGGGAGGUGACGAUCGACGGACAGGCGCAGAGCGCGUCGUCAAACGCGACGCUGACUAAGCUGUGCGAGGUGGCGUGCGUGUGCAACGACGCAGUCUUGAGAGACGGGGUGCUCCUGGGCGCGCCCACGGAAGGGGCGUUACUGAACCUGGCAGCCAAGCUCGGCGUCGGCGGCGUGAGGGAUGAACACGAGCGCAUCGAGGAGGUCCCGUUCAGCUCCGAGCGCGGCUGGAUGGCCGUGCGCUGCAUGUCCACCACACAGAGGGCUCCACGUGGAGCGUUCUUCGUGAAGGGAGCGUGCGAGCGCGUGCUGGAGCAGUGCCGCUCCUACAGCAGCCACGGGCUCGCGGUGGCACUCACACCGCAGGUGUGCGACAGCUUCCACCGCCAGAGGAUGGCUCUUGGCAGCCAGGGCCUCCGAGUGCUGGCACUCGCGAGUGGGCAGGAGCUGGGCCGCCUCACCUUCCUGGGCCUCGUCGGGAUGAUGGACCCCCCGCGGCCCACGGUGCCCGACGCCGUCGCCACCCUCCAGCGCUCCGGGGUGACCGUCGUCAUGGUUACCGGCGACGCCAUGGAAACCGCUGUUGCCAUCGGGAGAUCGAUGGGCUUGUACGGCGAGGGCAAUCGCAAGAUGUCCGGCGAGGACAUCGACAACAUGGAGCUCCCGGAACUGGCGGCUGCCGUCGAGAAGGUCACGAUCUUCUACCGCACGAGCCCUCGUCACAAGCUCAAGAUCGUUAAGGCAUUCCAGCUGAGGGGCGCCGUGGUGGGCAUGACGGGCGACGGCGUGAACGACGCGGUGGCGCUGCGCGCGGCCGAGAUCGGCGUCGCCAUGGGCCUCUCGGGCACCGACGUGUGCAAGGAGGCGGCCGACAUGAUCCUCCUGGACGACGACUUCAGCACUAUCCUGUCCGCGAUUGAGGAAGGCAAGGGAAUUUUUCACAACAUCCGCAACUUUGUAAAGUUUCAGCUCAGCACGAGCAUGGCUGCCCUGAGUCUGAUCGCCAUCACGACGCUGCUUGACUACCCCAACCCACUCAACGCCAUGCAGAUCCUGUGGAUCAACAUCAUCAUGGACGGACCCCCCGCUCAGAGUCUGGGCGUGGAGCCCGUGUGUGCCGACGUGGUGCGGCUGCCCCCGCGACGCCGAGGGGAGCGCAUCAUCACGCUCAGCCUCCUCUUCCGCACGCUCAUGUCGGCCGCCAUCAUCACCAGCGGGACCCUCUACGUCUUUUGGAAGGAGAUGCAAGAUGGUCACGUGACGUCCCGCGACACCACCAUGACCUUCACGUGCUUCGUGUUUUUCGACAUGUUCAACGCUCUGGGUUCCCGGUCACAGACCAAGACGGUGUUCGAGAUCGGGUUUCUGACCAACAAAUUCUUCCUGGUGUCGGUGCUCGGCUCGCUGCUGGGACAGCUGGCUGUCAUCUACCUCCUGCCCCUGCAGAAAAUCUUCCAGACCACGUACCUGUCGCCCCUCGACCUCCUGUUCCUCGUGGGAAUCUGCUCGUCGGUGUGGAUCGCCAACGAACUGGAGAAGAAGCUGGAGUGCUUCGUCAGGGCUCGCUGGUGCGGCAAACGAAAGGGGGCGGCCAGCGGUGUCAAGGACGAUGUCGAUGACUCUGCUGCUGUCGCUGCCGCCGAGGCCGGUGCUGCCGCCGAUGCCAGAGGGAGCUCGAACGCGGCGGGGAGCAAAGUGCACAUCGCCGUUCCCAUACUGUCGGCUUGAGCCGGGCUCUGCUCAGUGUGGGGUUCUCAGGAAUUUGCGUGCGACGGGAAGGCCGUGCCGCCGUGACCGUCGCACGUGCCCGUCUCUUCCUUCCUCCUGCCGCAUCCUGCAGAUGUCGCGCAGGUGACGUCAGACCUUCAAGGACCUUACGGUCUUGUCGCUGCCGUUUAUCUGGCUCUCGGUCUUUUUUCAACGGUUUUACUGAAAUCUUGUAAUCAAAAUUUCGUCCACUUCCCGUUGUCCAAUCAAUUCCAAAAAUUUGCACAC